AAAACCGCCGCCAGCAUAACAAGUUAGGUUAGGUUAAGAACAAAGACAUCACGUUCACGUCUGCUAUGUUUUUGUUGCUACAGAAUUUUGUUUUUGUAAUAAGUGUUAGAAAUUAGUAAGGUUUCUCACAUGUAUAUAUUGUUUUAUUGGUAAUUUUUUCUAUAUCAAUACUAUUAACUUUUUAAUCACACUGAAUUUAUCUCUUAUUAUUGAAUUAUCAUUAUUUUGCAUCUGUGUACAAAGAACAUUCACAUGGCAGUUGAUAUUUUGACAAACAGUCUAUGAAGGAUUGUCAAUUAAUUUAGGACUUGCAAUAUCUAUUAGCCUACAUUUAAAAGAAUGGAGUCGUGGACACAAAAAGAACUUGAACCAAAUCCUGAUUGGAGACGAAUUGUGGUCAAAAAUGUUUCUGAUUCGGGUUCAAUAUGGGUUGCAACUUACCCAGUAGCUAGUAUGUGUUAUGAUAAAUCGGAACUGCAACCACUAAGCUCUGAUGAAAUUGAGAUCAAGGAAGGAGAAAUGUUUGCAGUGAAGGGAGAGUACGGAGACCAUUGGUACCGUGGUAAGGUGAUCUCUAUCAACGAAGUCAACAUUAAACUUUUUCUCAUUGAUUCUGCUGAAACUUGUUGGGCACUUAAGAAAAAUCUACGUUUACUUCCGGAAUAUUCUAAAAAAAUCCUGCCACAAAUUUUCCAAGUGAACUUCUAUGGAAUCCAACCAGUGAUCACUGAAUUGGGCAUCUGUGAAAACAGCUUGCAGCCGAAAAGAGUGAAAGUUUUUUCCUGGACUAAUGCUGCCAUAAGAUUAAUCAGAAAGAGACUGGAUGCUAGUAGAGUGAUAUAUUUCAAAGAAAUUGAUACCGUUAGUGUUGGGGAGUUUGAUAACACUAAAAUCAUCAAGUACGGCUCGAUCUUCAUCGAAUGUAUGAAAGAAUUCGUCUGUCUCAACGAUAUUCUUUGUGCGGAAGGAUUCGCAACAAAGGUCGAAUCAUUUCGUGGCAUCGCGAAGGAGCUCACAAAGCAACUAACAGACCAAGCAAGAACAACAGCUGGACAAGAUACCGGUAAUGAAACUAUACCGCGAACUGUACACCCGUUCAACAGAUCUGAAAAGCGUAAGGACACAAUUAUUGUUGAAAAAUCGGUUGCAGCUGUAAGUGAGAGCAAUAAAACAUUGUUUAGAAAUGUGGUAGGUUUCGGCAGUUAUAUGCUGAGGCCUAUCAGCUAUCCAAUUUCCAGCCUGCUGGGACGUUUUCCAGUGUUGAGGAAUUCAGUUUCAGACAAAAAUCAUGAAGAAGAAGCAAUCGAGGAGAGACGUUGCAGUUCAUCCAUCAAAGAGAGGCCUAGCUCUUCGAAAUCACUUGUUUCUGACUCAACUCCAAUGCAAGAACAUGCACCAGCAGCAGCAGCAGCAGCAGCAGCAGAUGCUGUCGAUGAAAGUAGUUCAUCCAACUCAGAAAUGAACAUCGAACCAACAAGGCUCCAACUCAUCAAGAAGGAGAAAAAACGAAACAAUAUGUUUUCAUUGUUCAACAUAGUGUUGCACUCGUCACCUGACAUUGAAGAAACAAUAGAACCAAUUAACUUUCUGUUUGAUAGUUAUAUUUGCGAAAGAAUACAGUCUGUAUUGACUGAAAAAAGAAGAUAUGAUUUGACACCACUGCAGAAGCACAUCUACCCGGUACUGUGUAAGCGUUAUAACAUUCUAGUCGUUGGCAAUGCCACAUCAGGAAAGACGCUUGCCUCCGUAGUUUCAAUUGUCAGUCUUUUGAGACAGGAGCAAUUCUACUCUUCUCUGCCGAUGACCCAUGGCCCGAAGGCUAUUCACUUGUGCUCGUACUCGUAUAAAGUGAGAAAUACUGCCAGAAUGUACACCGAUUUGAUAAACGGUCCCGACGUGGUCGUGCAAGUGGCGUGCGGUGGUGCAGGAUUGGACUCAUCGGUCAAGUUGAAUAUGAUAAAACGCUGUGAUAUUUUGGUGACUACUCCCAUCUGCUUGGCGCGCGUAUUAAAAGCCGGUCAAAUCGUCGAUCUAAAACGGCUGUGUCAUAUCAUCUAUGAUGAUGCUGAUACUAUAUUCGACAUAUUCUUAGACGAGAUAAAGUCGAUUACAGCAGCAAUCAAGAUUCUUGAAAACAAGCGAACUUCAUUUAAAGUGCAAAAAAUAGUACUGUCGCAGACUUGGUUUCCAAAAUUGAGAGACUUCGUUAAAAAUGUUAUUUUUAGUGGUUUUAUUUGUGUGUCAAAUUUCAAUCAGCUGGAAUCCGUUUUGUAUUCGAAUUUCAAGCCUAAUUUUCAAUUCCUGCAGCCGAAAAACAAGGCUGAUCGACUUAAACUUUUGCUGCAAUCUCAUCCAUUACCUGCUCGGCGUAUAGUAAUUAUCUGUAAUGACGUGGAUGAAGUUACUGAGUUGGAGCAAAAACUCGAAGAAAUUGGCAAAACCGUUCUAGUUGCUCAUGAAGGCAUGACUCAUAUUGAAGUGUCCGGAGUGAGAAAAUGUUGGACGUCAUCAAUGGCGUUACUUGAUCCAGUUCUAGUGUGCACUGAUUCAGCUAAUUCAAUUUUUUCCGAAUUGGAAAUAACCGAUUGCACCUGGCUAAUUCAGUACAGCCUUCCUCCUUCGAAAACGGUGUUCAGUAAUCGAUUCGGCUGUCUCCUCGACUCAUUCAGAAAUAUAUUCCUGGAUAAUGAGGACAAGUUGGAACCAAGGAUUGAUAUAUUUAUUGACGAAUCCAACGACGAGCAAUUUCCCAUGAUCGUGAACGUCAUGAAGCGCAUGAAGGUUCUUGUACAUCCAGUCAUUGAUGAAGUUGUGGAGCGCAUAAAAAAGAGGAAAGAGUUGGCAAAGAAACAUUCGCCCGUUUGUGAUCAGUUGAGAGAGUUCGGAGUGUGCCAUGAUCGUAAGGUUUGCCAUUUCAGACACAUUUUCAUCAAAAAUGUCGAUGAUGAAGAAAAUUUGUAUGUUCCCAAGGUUGGUCUGGUGAAAUUGAACAUCCUGGACGUUCACAGUGCCAAUCACUUAUCCGCCCAAACCCUCGAGUACAAAGUUGACAGUCAAUGGAGGCGGAUGCCCAACCACAAAUUGUUGGAACUCAUUUGUCUCAAAAUGGAUGCGCACUUCAAAGUCCGAUCACAAAUAUUCAUUUAUCCGAAGCCUGAACUCGGAGACUUGGUGGCUGUGAAGCCCGAUCAUGAUCUCUACUGUAGAGGCAAAGUGAUCACAAUAUUGAAGCGCAACGAGGAAAAAGAACCGACAAAAGUACGAGUCAAACUGAUCGACCUCGGCGCCAUCAUGGAGUUCAGCACGCUGAAACUUUAUGACUUGCCGGAUGAAUUGAAGAAGUACCCGGGCCAGGCAGUGGACGUGUUCCUGUGUGGCCUGAAGCCGGCCGACCAGGACUGCGCCUGGGACCUGGAAGCCGUCAACUUUGUCAAGCGCUGGGUUGAGUCUGCGCAAAGGAACAUCCGCGUCAACGGAAAAAGUCAAUACAUUUAUGGCCAGAUCAGCAUGAGUGCCGGUCAUACGUUGUGGUUGGAGCACAUAACCCACUGCGAGUGGCUGGAGGCGACCAAAACCCAAAUCCACUCCAAUCUCGGCUUUGAGCUGCUCCAAGCAAAACUGGCCCUGUCCAACCCUGAUCACAAGCCUAUCAUACGGAAUCUGUGUGCUCAAGCUAACCUCAAUAUCUUCAUAAAUGAAACAAAGCAGGAGAAAACUUCAACAAAGAAAAAGGUUAACAACAUAGAGCGAUGGGCACAUCUUCCUAGAGAUGAAUUUUCUUCUGUGGAAGUCAUCAUGGCUCAGAGACCUGAUUGCAUAUUCAUACGCCACGAGAAGUUCAAAGACAGAAUAGACCUACUGACAAAAGAUCUUGCGGAUCUUGUACCAAAAAGGCUACAUGAAGGUGAUCUAGUCGAAGGCGAUAUUUGCCUUGCUUUCUACGACGAAGAUGAGUCGUGGAAUAGAGCGAAAGUUCUGGAAUUCAAGUCGGCAACACAAGUAAAAAUUUUCUUCGUUGAUCACGGAGAUUUCAAAGUUGUUGGUUGGAACUACUUGGCGAAAAUUCCCGAGAAUUUUAUCACUCGUUUGCCAUUUCAGGCCAUGGAAUGCGAACUGGUGGGUGUGAGAGCGUCGAACGAGGACAUCAACUUUGACGAAGCCAUCUACGAGUUGACCGAAUGCGACGAGCUGUGCAAACCUCUGCAAGCCUACGUGUUCGACCUUGAACUGGAGGCGACCAUAACGGGAGGACGCAAGUACUCGAUCGUCCUCAUCGACACCACAUCGAAUCCGUUUGUCGUUAUCAACGAAGAGCUGUGCAGGAGGGGAUUCGCCGACUGGCAUCUUGACGACGAGCAGAAGUUCGACGACAUUGUUUCACGAUGCAAAGUGUCCGAAUCCGAAGAAGAUUUCCUCGACGACCCAGAAUCGUACGGUUUCAUCGAUUUCAACGAUAAUGUUGAGCUGCCCGAAUUGAAACCUGAUAAGGAGGAAUGCUUGAACAGUCAGACUUGGACGGACGUGCGGUUUGAUGGUGAGAAAUUAGUUCCGGUCGUUGAACCAGAGCUUGCUGCGCCGGGUCCAUUCCAAAAGCUACUUGACAACUUUGAAGAGAAUGAAGAAGAUCUCUUCUAUCUUUUAGGGCUGAAUAAAAAACAAGUACUAAAGGCUCUUCUGCCCUCACUAGAGUAUGAGGCACUUGAUACACCCAAAAUAACAGAAAUUCCGCCCUCAAUGGAGUCUAAGCCCGUUGAUGAUUAUCCGAGAAUAACUGAGAUCCAGAACACUUCAGAUGUUGACGGCGACGUUUCGGAUGCAGAAGAUAAGUGUUCUGCACAAACGAAAAUUAAAUCAAAGCGAAAACAUAAGAAACAGAAUAGCGAAAAGGGGAAUGACUCAGAUGAUGACGAUGAUGAUGUACCUCCGCCACUUGGCCACUCUGGAGACGUGUACACCCCAAAAGUCACGUGGUUCGACGAUGACUGCCAUGUCUGGGUUUAUAUUCAUCUCAUCGGUGUACAAGACUACAGAAUUGUCCUCUCCAAAAGAACACUGAGCGUCAGGUAA